AUGUCCUUCUUGUUGCGACGGGCGCUGAAGCGCGCGACUCUCGCGCGCGUCAGCCCGCCCGCAGAGCAAAGACUGCGACAGGCGUCCACCCAGCCACGCGCAAGGGCUACUUCGACUCGAGCUUUUGACUUUCGACUGGCUACUGGCAUCGGCGCAGCAGCUGGCGCAGCAGCAGGUGCGGCCACCGGCGCAGCAGGGGAUCACGGUGACGGAGGGGGCGGCGGGAUGGGUGCGGACGGCGCUGGCCGCGCGACGGGGGAGGGCGAUGACUUGGGCGGCGGGGAAGCCGGCGCAGAUGACGAGGAGGAGGACGAGGAGGAGGCUGAGGCGCGCAGGAAGCGAAAGGGCAAGGGUAAAGCGAAGGCGACGCCGGCCAAACGGCAGAGGACGGGCAGCGAAGAGUACAUCCCCUCCUCAACCCCGUCCACUACCACCUCGACUAGCAGCACCCGCUCCCCCGUCUCGCUCCGCGGCUUGGGGCCAGUUCUCGCACCUGGUCCUCCGCCCACUCCCCACCAACCAGGGGAAUGCUUCGAACCGCCAGCACCCUCUCCCACGGUUCCGAACGCUGAGGACGCCGCCCCGGCCCAUCGUCGUCGGCGCUCCCGCAGCGCCGUCCCUUCCCCGCCCAGCUCCCAAUCUACCGACCCUCUAAGCUUCCGAGCCAGGCCACCGGCUGCGGAGGAGCCCGCCUCCGAUGCGUCGGACGAUCCACUCCUUCUGCGCGGUACUGCGCCCCGACGCCGCGAUGAUGCACUAGAAAGGGAGUUUGGAGCCAGUCUGGCAGGACGCACGGGAGCAGGCGGAUGGUUGGGGCCUGCAGGAGGAGGAGGACACGCGGCGCAACAACAGGUGCAUCCGGAUAGAGAUGAGGCUGACGAGGAGGAGGAGGGGGGAGAGAGCGGAGAAGAGGUCGAGGAGGAGGAGGCGGAGGGACCGAGCGGCGACGAGGUCGACGAGGAGAUGGAGGCCCGCAUCUUGGCUUGGCAUGAUCGGCGCGCUGCUGAGAUUAGGGAGGCUCAAAGGCGUCGAAGGAACCGGGGUGAAGGAACCAGCAAGGGUUCGGAGGGCAAGGGGUCACGCCCGCGCAAGUAG